UUAAUCAGUUGAGCUCUGCAGCCAACGUGGUGCGGAUCAUGUCUGGUGGCUCUGCGGAUUAUUCAAGAGACCAUGGCGGCCCUGAAGGAAUGGACCCCGAUGGUGUCAUUGAGAGCAACUGGAAUGAAAUUGUUGACAAUUUUGAUGAUAUGAACCUAAAAGAAUCUCUCCUGAGAGGAAUCUAUGCUUAUGGCUUUGAGAAACCUUCUGCUAUUCAGCAAAGGGCAAUCAUUCCCUGCAUUAAAGGGUAUGAUGUGAUUGCCCAAGCUCAGUCAGGUACUGGCAAGACAGCCACAUUUGCCAUUUCCAUCCUGCAGCAACUGGAGAUUGAGCUCAAGGAGACCCAAGCUCUAGUAUUGGCUCCCACAAGAGAACUGGCUCAACAGGUAUUGACAGGUUGGAGAACCUGCCACCAUGAAAUGCACUGGAAGCUGCAGGCAGCAUUCUGUAGAGCAGGAGAAGCUGAGCAGGCUGGCCAAUCGCAGCGCACAGCUCACAGCCUGGGAGGUUUUUUUCUGAUGAGCAUGCCAACUGAUGUGUUGGAAGUGACAAAGAAGUUUAUGAGGGAUCCAAUUCGUAUCCUUGUUAAAAAGGAGGAAUUGACUUUGGAGGGUAUUAAGCAGUUCUACAUUAAUGUUGAACGAGAGGAGUGGAAGUUGGAUACCCUAUGUGAUCUAUAUGAGACUUUGACCAUUACUCAAGCUGUUAUUUUUCUGAAUACCAGGAGAAAGGUUGACUGGCUUACUGAGAAAAUGCACGCAAGAGACUUUACCGUAUCUGCUCUGCAUGGUGAUAUGUACCAGAAGGAACGAGACGUCAUUAUGAGGGAGUUCAGAUCUGGAUCUAGUCGUGUGUUGAUAACCACAGACUUGCUGGCACGUGGGAUAGAUGUUCAGCAGGUUUCCCUAGUAAUCAAUUAUGACCUACCAACCAACCGGGAGAACUACAUCCACAGGAUUGGUCGCGGAGGUCGGUUCGGUAGAAAAGCUGUGGGCUUUUUCCUCCUUCCAGAGUUUAGACUGUUGGGGUGGGUUGUAAAGCAAUGGGGUCUUUACAUUUUUGUGUUCGACAUUUAUUUAGCAGUUCUAGAGAAGUGGUGGUGUUUGAUGUUCUUUAUCACUUAAUAACUUACUUAUGGACUAAAAAAUAUAAGUGCUGUAUAAAAUCAGCCAAUUAUGUUAAAUUAGCAUAUGCGCCUUUAUUGUACAUUACAGAUGUAGAGUUUACUAAAUGAAAGCCUAAGUUUUUGUUUUUAAAUGUAUUUAUUGAAUAAAGUGCACUUGUGCUAGACCCUGAACCCCCAACAAUCUAUAUUGUGUUUGGCUUAAUUGUAAAGUUGCCACAUUGCACAUGGAUAUAGAUGUUUAAUAAAUAGUAUAUUUACU